UUUUAUUUCUUACCAUCUCAUUUGUGAACUUUUUGUUUCCAUUCACAACCAGGGACGGAUUAAAACUGUUUGGAUUAGUGGUGUUUAUUUUUUGACCAUGACUAGAUCCACCCCUGCUCACAACCCAAACCCACUCAAACCUCUCGGUUAACUUGUCUUACCAACUUAUUAAAAAUAACAGCUGCUUCUGUUUAUAUUUGAAACUCUGUUUUGAGGUUAUGAAAAUACAUAACCUCAAACAACGUUAUUUUUUUAAAGUUUAAAUAUAAUUAAAACAAUGGAUUUGGAAGAGGAAACACCGAGUAAUAAUGAAAUUCGUCCCACGAGUGAAACAAAUACAUUAAAUGAUGUAACGAAACUGGUUUGUGUUCAAUACCCGGGUAUUGUGAAAAAUGUGGAUAAGGCUAUAGAAACACUUGGAGGUUUGGAGCAACUACAAAUCGCAACAGGAAAUGUAAAAACAAAUUUAGAACUCAAUUUCCGGCCAACGAGCUUGUAUUCAAAACCAAGUGUGUCAGAAAAGGAUACCAAACCGCUAUUACUGGUAAAAGUCAGAUAUAAGAAAAGUGAAGAAAAUGAGAAGGCCACAAAUGAAGUUAUUGAUUAUAAUGUUGUUGGUAUGAGUGCACUUUCAUUUAAAUUUAACAGACUUUGUGAUUUUCAAUAUUUACCACUCUUACCAAAGGAACCAACAGAAAAAGAAGAUGAACUAGAAUAUAUUUAUAAAAAAAUAGUACCCAGUACCUUACCAUCUGCAAAUUGGAUAAAUGAUAACGCAGAUGUUCCAUUAUUCUUUCCACCUACAACAUUCUCCAAAUUGAAUUCCAGCAAUAAUAGUUUGCAUUUUGAAAGAAGCAAUUUUUACAAAGGAAAAUUCACUGAGGAUACCUACCAGAAGAUAAAACAACAACAUACACACAAGAGAAAGGAAAAUGUAACGAAUUGCACACAUAUGUUGACUUUUGAAGAAGACAUUCCUCAGCAACCAAGUGCAGAAAACGUUGAAAGACUUUUUAGGUUUACAAAUGGUUUGGAUAAAUUGAAAGAGCUAUUUGAAGAAAGACCAAUCUGGUCAAGGCAAGCAUUACUAUAUGAUACAGGUUUUACUGUGGAACAGUUAAAACAUAUUUUACCUAAAGUUGCGUAUUAUUAUUUGAACGGACCUUGGAGAGUUAUGUGGAUCAGAUUUGGGUACAAUCCCAAGAAGGAUCCGAACGCAAAAAUUUAUCAAACUUUGGAUAUACGAAUUAGAUCAUCAGCUGGGUUCAAGAUGAAAAUCAGAAGGAAACGUCCCUUAGUGGCGGAUUUAGUAAAACAGAGCAAGUUUUCAUUGCAAAAUGAAAUUAAAUUGAAAAAUAAGAAAGAAGUCACCGAAAAUUCCUUUAUUUUAAGACCAAACAGUAUGCCUGCUGCUAGACAAUUAUUUUAUCAAUAUUGUGAUAUAAAACUUCCCGAAGUUGAAGCAAUGUUUGCUCGUUUACCUCCGACGCCAUCAAAUGCUGUAUGUGACAAAAACAAUGGGUGGCUUCCCAGUGGAUUUGCUCUGCUGUGCAGAGAAAUUGCGAAUAAAUAUAUUGGAGAAGAUAUUAAGAAUCAAUUUCUUAAAGAAAAACAAGAUGGCGAGGAGAAAGCGCAGGAAGAAGAACCAUCUAUUAUUUGUGAUACAUACGAGGUUUCUGACACUAGUAGCAGUAGUUCAGAGUCUGAAGAUGAAAAUCCACCACCCAAUAACCAGCAUGAUAUGGAAGAAACUGAUAAUGAAAUUGAUAUGGAAACUGUCGAUGAAGUUAACAAGUUAGUAUCGGGUAGGAAAACGCCAGAGCAAGGUCCAAGUUCAUCAUUUUAAACGAGAUAUUUUUACUUUGUAACUAAUAUAACAUACAGAAUAUAUUGUAGAUAUCAAAUAUAAUUAUAA